CGUGACGCGCGGGGCGCCGCGGGGACCGCGCCAUGCGGACGCUCCGGCUCGGCCGCUGGCUGCGCGCCGUGCCCGGCGUGAUCCGGGGAGUCCGGGAGGGGCGGCUGCCACUGCGGGUUCCCCCUGCCCGGGCCGUGCUGAUGGCGCCCGCUGCGUCCCCCGGGCCGGUCCCGCCUCGUCCGGCGUGGCAGCACGGCGAGCACCGCCCGUCCCCGCAGCAAACAGUGACGGUGGAAGUGCUGGAUCACUUAGAGCACCUGGCCUUGGUCGAUUUCCGCGAUUCAGAGGGCGUAGAACGGCUGCAGAAAGCCAUCCAGUUUGCUGAUCAGCUUCAUGAAGUAAACACCGAUGGCAUAGAACCGAUGGAUUCAGUCCUGGAGGACAGGUGUCUGUAUCUCAGAGAUGAUGAUGUUACAGAAGGCAACUGCAUGAAAGAGCUGAUGAAAAAUGCCAGAGAGAAAGUGGAGGAAUAUUUUGUAGCACCGCCAGGCAACAUCCCUUUACAAAAGCUGGAAGAACAGGACGCUUUUCUGCAGAGCUCUUAGUGGAAGCCCAGGACCCAAACACCAUUUUGGUGUUUUAUUUGGGAAACGAGGUUUUGUGCAAUCACAGCUGGAAUACCUUGGCAUGUGUUUUGAUCAAAAGAAGAGCACUUGCAAGACAAUUUACAGAAGAAGGAAGAUGUAAGAAGCUUAGUAGCGCUACUGAAAUAUCCUAUCUUUAGGAAGCUAAGGCAGCAUGAGAGGUGACCUUAGUGCUUUCAUUUAACAAAGCGAAUUUGAUGUUAUUCUUAAAGAUACUGAAUAGCUUAAAGGCCCUAAAAAGAACUUCAAAAGGUAAUGAUAAAAAAUCCCAGGGAAAA